UCCCUCCCCAGGACCCUUCUGAGCCCCCCAGGACCCCCCAGGACCCCCCAGCCAUGGAGCCCCUCCUCCGGCGCUGCUUCCUCGGACGGCCCCCCGUGGGGGGGGGUCCCGUCUCCUACUCGCGGCACAGGGACCCCCCCCGGGCGGGGGAGGGGCAGCAGGAGGAGGAGGAGGAUGAGGAUGAAGAAGGGGCGGAGCCAACGGUGCGGUUGCCCCGCCCCCGGCCCCGCCCCCAGCACAGGCCCCGCCCCCGGCUCCACCCCUGGGCGGCGCUGGGGCUGAGCUCGGCCGCCGCCUUCCUGCUGGGGCUGCUGCUGGCUGCGAUUGGCCGAUCCCCGUGCGGGGGCGGGGCCGUGGGGGCGGGGCCUGUGCCCGGAGGCUCCGCCCCCGACGGGGUUUGGGGCGGGGCCAACGCCGAAGCUCCGCCCCCCCGGCCCCGCCUGCGGGAGCUGCUGCGGCGCCACCUGCGGGCGGAGAGGGUGGAGGCCUGGGUCAGGGAGGUCAGCGCGGGGCCGCACGGGGCGGGGUCGGGGCGUGGCCGCGCUCUCGCCCAAUCGGUGCUCAGCGCCCUGGGGGGGGCGGGGCUGAGCCGGGCCUGGAGCCGCCCACAGCCCCUCCCCCUCCCGGUCAGGGGGGAGGUGACCCUGAGCUGGGUGGGGCCGGGGGGGGAGGAGCUGGAGCGGCUCCCGCUGGACCCCGACGCCUUCUGCGCCUGGAGCGCCCCCGGCACCGCCACGGGGGGGUUGGUGUUCGGGCACUACGGGCGCCCCCAGGACCUGCAGCAGCUCCGGGCUCGGGGGGCGGCGCCGCGCGGGAACCUCGUCCUGCUGCGGCUCGGCCGGGGCGGCGCUGCCGAAAAGGUGGCGGCGGCGGCGGCCGCGGGGGCCGUGGGGGUCCUCCUGUUCCCCGACCCCCGAGACAGCGCCGGGCCCGGGGGGGGCCCCGGCCUGGGGGGCAACACGGCCGUGACCCUCAGCGUGCAGGACGGCCCCGGGGACCCCUUCAGCCGCGGGUUCCCCUCCCUGGGGGGCCGCGCCCCCCCCGGGCCCCCCCCGGGGGUCCCCCCGAUCCCGGCGCACCCCGUGAGCGCGGCCACGGCGGCGAGACUGCUCCGGUCGCUGGGCGCCCCCCGCGCCCCCCCGCACUGGGGGGUCCCGGGGGGGGCGCUGCGGUUCCGGCCCCGCCCGGGGGGGCGGCGGCUGCGGCUGCGCGUGGGGGGGGGGACGCGCCCCGGGACCCUCACCAGCGUCUUCGGGGCGCUGCGGGGGCGGCUGGAGCCCGUGGGUGUGGUCAGUGGGGCGUGGCCACAAACGGGCGUGACCAAUCGGGCUGGAGGGGGCGUGGCCUCGCUGACGUGGCCCCGCCCAGACUGUUACGUCAUCGUGGGCGCCCAACGCGAUUCGCUGGGCCCGGGGGCGGCGGCCUCGGGCGUGGGCACCGCCCUCCUGCUGGAGCUCGCCCGGUUCUUCGCCGCCAUUGGCCGGGAGGGUUUCCAGCUCCGCCGGACCCUCCUCUUCGCCAGCUGGGACGGGGCCGAGUUCGGACAUUUGGGGGCCACCGAGUGGCUGGAGGGCUACCCCGGCCUGCUGCACACCAAAGUCGCCGCCUACAUCAGCCUGGACCGCGCCGUGCUGGGCGCAGAGCGGUUGGUGGUCAGGGCCAGCCCCACCCUGGGGACGCUGGUGGAGAGCGCGCUGGAGCAGGUGGAGAGUCCGAACGAGGGCGGGAAGAGCCUCCUGGAGCAGCUGAGGCAGCCGGGGCGGGGCUGGGAGAGCGACCUGGUCCGGCCUCUCUCCCCCGAGGGCGGCGCUUUCCCCUUCACGGCGGCCGCCGGCGUCCCGGCCCUGGAGUUCAGCUUCGAUGAGCUGCCCGGCGGUGGCUCGGGCGCGGCGCUGGGCACGGCCGAGGACACUCUGCGCCGUCUCGGGGCGCGGCUGCGGGGGCGGCUGCCGGCGGUGGCCGAGGCCGCGGCGGCGGUGGCGGCACAGCUGCUGCUGCGCCUCGGCCACGAGCCCCGGCUGCCGCUGGACCCCGGCGCGCUCGGCGACGCGCUGGUGCGGCAGCUGGCCCCGCUGCAGGCGCGCGGGCUGUCCCUGCAGUGCCUCUCCUCGGCCAGAGGGGGCGUCGUGCGCGCGGCGGCGGCGCUGCGCCGCGACAUGGCGGGAGCGGACGGCGGCAACGAGCGCCUCAACCGCGGCUUCAACGCGCGCCUCAUGGCCGCCGAGGCGUCACUUCUGUCCCCGUUCGUGUCCCCUCUGGUCACCCCGUUCCGCCACGUCCUGCUGGGCCGCGGUGGCCACACGCUGCGGGCGCUGGUGGCCGAGCUGGGACACGGUGACACCGGCGGUGACAUCGGUGACAGCGGCACCGCCCGCGGCCGCCUGCGGGUGGCGCUGCUGGCCUGGACCCUGCGCGGCACCGCGGGGGCGCUGGCGGGGGACAGCGGGGACCUCGGGGACAUGGGGGGCGCCGGGGACAGCGGCGGCUGCGGCCACCUCGGGGACAUCGGCGGGGACGGCCGGGGUGGCCUUGGGGACACCGGGGACAUCGGGGCCGCGUUUAUUGGCUGCGACCCUGAGCUGGGGAGAAUAAAAGCAGCGGGAGCCACGCCCCCGUGGCCACGCCCACAAGGACACGCCCGUGUUGGCUCCGCCCACUUUUAG